CAACCUAGGAAGAUGGUGGCUAUGAAGAUCUGCUCUCUGCUGCUAGUGCUCCUCUUCCUGGCGGUCGGGCUGGGAGAAAAAGAAGAGGCUCAAUUCAGGUCCCAUGCUAGAUUUGGUAGCCCCCGGCCUCGAGGCCCGAGGUAUGCAGAGGGGACUUUCAUUAGCGAUUACAGCAUUGCGUUGGACAAGAUCCGCCAACAAGAUUUUGUGAACUGGCUGUUGGCCCAGAAGGGGAAGAAGAAUGACUGGAAACACAACAUCACCCAGAGAGAGGCCCGGGCUGUGGAGCUGGCAGGACAAUCUCAGAGAAAUGAGGAGACAGAGGGACAGCAGAGCUCCUUGCCCAAGAACCCCAGUGAUGAAGAUGUGCUAAGGGAUUUGCUUAUUCGAGAGCUGCUGGCCUGGAUGGUGGACCAAAUAGAGCUCUCCUGGCUCAGGCGCUGGAGUCCCAUAACACCAGGCACCCACCUUCGUGGGAUGCAAAGAGAAACACAACGGAGGCCGGAGUUCGCGCCUUCGACGUCGUCUGGGCUUCGGGGAACGCGGCCCUCAACUUAA